AUGGUGUUUGGACACUUUGUAUACAGUGUUGGAGGUUUUGCUCAAGUGUAUAAGUGUGGGAUUGUCGCUUCUUCCUUUGUGUUCCUGGAAACUUUGAUGAGUCGUCAGAUGAUGGAAAAGAUGAAAGAGAAGUUGGAGAAGAUGAAGAGAACAAUGCAACAACAUCGAGCAAAGCUUCAUAUCAUCAGAAUUUGCAUCACUAUGCUUCUUUCUUCCGAUGAUGAUAACUCUUAA